AUGGCGCCUACGCUGUUCUGGAUCGGUCUGGGAAAUAUGGGCCGGGGGAUGGUUAAAAACCUUGUUGAGAAGGGCAACCUCGAAAAUCCACUCCUACUCUGGAACCGCACAAAGCAGCGGUCCAUCGAGCUGAGCGAGAAACUUCCUUCCGGCAAAACGCAGGUUGUGGACACUAUCGCCAAGGGUGUUCCCAAGGCCGACAUCAUCUUCAUUAUUCUCUCCAAAGACGAUGUCGUCGAGGCUGCGGCCGAUGAAAUCCUCAAAGCAGGCGAUGUUACGGGCAAGCUGAUCAUCGAGUGCUCCACCCUGCAUCCGGACACAACGACCCGCCUGGCGAAGCGCUUCGCUGACCACGGCGCCCAGUUCGUCGCGGCGCCUGUCUUCGGAGCUCCGGCUAUGGCCGACGCGGGAAUGCUGAUCGGCGUGCUUGCUGGACCAAGCGCUGCAGUGGAGAGAGCACGUCCCUACUUCAAGGGCGUUAUGGCCCGCGAAGAGAUUGUCAUGAGUGACGAGCCGCACGCCAAAGCGCUGCAGAUGAAACUGGUCGGCAACUCAUUUAUCCUCAACAUGGUCGAGCAGCUGGCUGAGGCUCAUGUUUUGGCCGAGAAGUGUGGCCUGGGACCCCAGUACGUGCAGAAGUUUGUCGAGCAGCUGUUCCCUGGACCGUAUGUCGCGUACUCCCAACGCAUGUUGUCAGGAGAUUACUACAAGAGGAAAUCCCCGCUUUUUGCGGUUGAUCUAGCCAGGAAAGAUGCUGCGCAUAUCAUGAGCUUAGCUGCUGCUUCUGGGACAAGGAUGAAGAACGUGGAAACUAUGGAUGAGAACUUGGUCCGGGUGAAGGAGCAUGCCGGCGAACUCGGAGACUAUGUGGCUGUCUAUGGUAUUCUCAGGAAGGAAGCGGGAUUGAACAGGACAUCAAAUUUUCGCCAGCAAGAGAGUUGCAUGCUCAAGAGGUUUCAGGAGCUUUGCGUGAUGAGCCCCUGCUUGGCGCCCAUCGGCAUGCCGCUCCUGGAGCUGCAAGCCAACCAACACCGCGCAGCCCACCAUCACGACGCCUGUCGCCAACAACCUUGGAGCGUCUUCAUCGGCCUGGUGAUCGUCAGCGGCAUGUGCGUGGCGGCCUGGGUAUUCUCACCAAAGGGCGAGAACCAAGUGCUCUGGCGCUCCUCUCUCAUACUUUCCAUCGUCAGCUGCUACCUUAUGUGGGCCAUCACUUUCCUAGCGCAAUUGCACCCUCUCAUCGAGCCAAGGCGGUCGGAUCUACGUAAGGAGUACAUCCACCACUGA